ACAUCUUUCAAUAAUAAUAUCCAUGCCCCCCAGCACCCUUCUGCAAACCCGCCCGUAAAACCUGUCUCAAACGUAAUCCUUCCCAGAAACCCUAAGCCUUAAAAUCGUCUAGCCCUCACGCUGUUUAAUCGAUUCAGACAAAUUAGUUUGGAUCCAUAAUCUAUUUUACACCACAAACGUUUCAUCCUUCGACCCAAUCAAUCUCGAUGGCAACUAGAUUGCAAUUUGAGAACAACUGUGAAGUUGGUGUUUUUUCCAAGUUGACCAAUGCAUAUUGUUUGGUCGCAAUUGGGGGUUCUGAAAGCUUUUACAGCACCUUUGAGGCUGAAUUGGCGGAUGUUAUUCCGGUGGUCAAAACCUCGAUUGGUGGCACUAGAAUUAUAGGACGCCUAUGUGCUGGAAAUAAAAAUGGGCUACUCUUGCCUCACACCACCACCGAUCAAGAACUGCAACACUUGAGGAACAGUCUGCCAGAUUCCGUUGUUGUUCAGCGCAUUGAGGAGCGAUUAUCUGCUCUGGGGAACUGCAUUGCAUGCAAUGAUCACGUUGCUCUUACACACCCUGAUCUGGACAAGGAAACUGAGGAGAUGAUUGCAGAUGUUCUUGGGGUAGAAGUUUUCAGACAGACAGUUGCUGGUAAUAUACUUGUGGGUAGUUACUGUGCAUUUUCUAACAGAGGUGGCUUGGUCCAUCCUCAUACAUCUAUAGAGGACUUGGAUGAAUUGUCGACCCUUCUUCAGGUUCCUUUGGUGGCUGGGACUGUGAAUCGUGGAAGUGAAGUGAUAGCCGCUGGCUUGACGGUCAAUGACUGGACAGCAUUUUGCGGAUCAGACACAACUGCAACGGAAUUAUCAGUAAUUGAGAGCGUCUUCAAGUUGAGAGAAGCUCAACCCAGUGCUCUCGUCGAUGAGAUGAGAAAAUCAUUGAUUGACACCUAUGUUUGAGUUUCAUUUCAAGUUAAAUGUGCGGAUGUUUAUACUGCACUUUUACUCUGGUUUUAAUUAGUUUCCAGUUUUAUGGAGAGAUUUUCGAUCUCUGUAUUAUGACAUGCAAGUUAAUAUUUCCUGUAUCCGUUGUCUUUGAUGAAGUAACUUCCUUCUUCACUAUGGUUAAGCAUAUUUUCCUUUUUCUCA